CCGAGCGUUGUGCCGGGUCCUGCCCUCUGCAGCCCGGCUUUUGGACAUGGAAGGGGCCGCUGCGCCCGCGGCUGGGGACGGCCCCGACCUGGGGCUGGGGGCGCCGGGUUCUCCGCCCGAGGCGGCGGCCGGGGCAACUGCAGCUCCCGCGGUGGCUGCGGCCCCGGAGCCCAGGAAACCGCACGGGGUGAAGCGGCAUCAUCACAAGCACAACUUAAAGCACCGCUAUGAGCUUCAGGAGACCCUGGGCAAAGGCACCUACGGCAAAGUCAAGAGGGCCACCGAGAGAUUUUCUGGCCGAGUGGUUGCUAUAAAAUCCAUUCGUAAGGACAAAAUUAAGGAUGAACAAGACAUGGUUCACAUCAGACGGGAGAUUGAGAUAAUGUCAUCCCUCAACCAUCCUCAUAUCAUCAGUAUUUAUGAAGUGUUUGAGAACAAAGAUAAGAUUGUGAUCAUCAUGGAAUAUGCCAGCAAAGGGGAGCUGUACGAUUACAUCAGCGAGCGGAGACGCCUGAGCGAGAGGGAGACCAGACACUUCUUUCGGCAGAUCGUCUCAGCUGUGCACUAUUGUCACAAGAACGGUGUGGUCCACCGGGACUUGAAGUUGGAAAAUAUACUGCUCGAUGACAACUGCAAUAUUAAGAUUGCUGACUUUGGGCUCUCCAACCUGUACCAGAAGGACAAGUUCUUGCAAACAUUUUGCGGGAGCCCCCUCUAUGCAUCCCCCGAAAUCGUCAAUGGGAGGCCUUACCGAGGGCCAGAGGUGGACAGCUGGGCCCUGGGCGUGUUGCUUUACACCCUGGUUUACGGAACGAUGCCCUUCGAUGGUUUCGAUCACAAAAACCUCAUUCGGCAGAUCAGCAGCGGAGAGUACCGGGAGCCGACGCAGCCCUCAGAUGCUCGAGGACUCAUUCGGUGGAUGCUGAUGGUGAACCCCGAUCGCCGGGCCACCAUUGAGGAUAUUGCCAACCACUGGUGGGUGAACUGGGGCUACAAGAGCAGCGUCUGCGACUGCGACGCCCUUCACGACUCCGAGUCCCCGCUCUUGGCGCGGAUCAUUGACUGGCACCACCGAUCCACCGGGCUGCAGGCUGAGGCGGAAGCCAAGGUGAAGGGCUUGGCCAAACCCGAGGUCAUGCUGGAGCGACAGCGGUCGCUGAAGAAAUCCAAGAAAGAGAAUGACUUUGCCCAGUCUGGCCAGGACUCGGUGCCCGAAAGCCCUUCCAAGCUGAGUUCCAAGAGGCCCAAGAGCAUCCUGAAGAAGAGAUGCAACAGUGAGCACCGCUCCCACAGCACGGGCUUCAUCGAGGGGGUCGUGGGUCCCACCUUGCCCUCCUUUAAGAUGGAGCAGGACUUGUGCCGGACUGGUGUGCCCCUCCCGAGCUCCCCCGAAGCAGAUGUGCCAGGGAAACUGAGUCCCAAGCAGUCGGCCACCAUGCCCAAGAAAGGCAUCUUGAAAAAGACCCAGCAGAGGGAAUCGGGUUACUACUCGUCCCCAGAGCGCAGCGAAUCUUCAGAGCUGCUGGACAGUACCGAGGCCAUGGGCGGUGGCCUCCCCUCCCCCAGCCCCCCGGACCUGGCCAGGGUGGCUUCUCACAGCCUGUCCUGCCGGAGGAAGGGCAUCUUGAAACACAGCAGCAAAUACUCAGCAGGCGCCACCGACCGGGCCCUCGCCAGCCCCGAAGUGCCCACACUGGAAUCCUUGACAGAGCCCGGUGUCCCCGCUGAGGGCCUCUCCCGAAGCUACAGCCGUCCCUCCAGUGUCAUCAGUGACGACAGUGUCCUGUCCAGUGACUCCUUGGACUUGUUGGAUUUGCAGGAGAACCGCCCCGCCCGCCAGCGCAUCCGCAGCUGCGUCUCUGCUGAAAACUUCCUCCAGAUCCAGGACUUUGAAGGACUCCACAACCGGCCCCGGCCCCAGUACCUGAAGCGGUACCGGAACCGGCUGGCAGACAGCAGCUUCUCCCUCCUCACGGACAUGGAUGACGUGACUCAGGUCUACAAGAAAGCGCUGGAGAUUUGCAGCAAGCUCAACUAGCCCUCCAGGGCACCGGGGAUGGGGUGGGUGGGGGCGAGGGAGGAAGGGCCGCAGGGCUUGUGCUAACAGGCUGGUUACCUCUCUGCUGGCCGGGACAACAGACUGAAAAGGGAUUGGCGCCGUCUGGCUUGGCCAAGUUUACAGCCUUGAGCCAGCACCUAAAAGGGAGAAGCAGGCGCCCAGCCAGUUCUGCCAACUGCUAGUCAGAAUUUGGGUCCUAAUUGGCAUUCGCAUACGGCAUCUCCUAGAGGACCAGCUGCCCAGGGAGGGUGGUGUUGGCUGGCGCUUGGUGGG